AUGCGCACAGCUUUCGGAGGGCCCAAAUUGCCCGUGGAAUUGAGAAAUCAGUUCGCAGACCCAGCGAACAACAACCGACGAAAUGGACCGCGCAAUGGUCCACCGAAUCGCAAAGACAAGCGCAAGGCCGAUCGCGUAGAGAAGAAGCGCCAGAACAAGCAGGUCAGACGGCCAGCGCCUUCGCAUCCACACAAUGGCCGCGGUCCACGUCGAGAAGCCGAGUCGGACGACGACGACGAGGAAGAGGAGAUAGACUGGGACAACAUCGAAUCCGACGCCACCCCACCCCCGAUAGCUGCGAAAGAGUCGCCUAAACCGUUAAAGGGUAUCCUUAAAGCGAAGCCCUCACAGCACAAAGAAACGUCGCCUCCGCCUCCUAAACUUUCGCGCGCCGCCCAGGAAAAGCUGGCGCAAGAUGACGCUGAGAUUGCAAAGUUGGAGAAGAGGCUAGGCGUGAAGAGCAAAAAGAGGUCCAAGGGAGCAGACGAUGGUCUGGACGACAUAUUCGGCGACCUUGGAGAUUUCAGUGACGAAGAGGAUGCCCAACCUACAAAGAGGAAGAGGAAAGAGGACGACGAUUGGCUUGCAAGCAAGAGGCGGAAAGCUCUAGGUCAGGAGUCGAGCGAGGAAGAGGACAGCGAGUCGGAAGGUUCCGCAUUUGAUGAGGACGAUAUGGAUUUGGAAGAGACAGGCUUCGACGAAGAUGACGAGACUGGGGAUGGCUCUGAAGACGGCCUGGGCUCCGAUGAGGACGACGAAAUGGAGGACGCGGAACCGGAAAAACCACGUGUACGAGAAAACCCAUACAUUGCCCCCGUUGCUGCGAACGCCCAACCGACCAAGUACAUACCACCUGCGCUGAGAGCAGCCCCUGCUUCAGAUACGGAGGCUUUGCUGCGUCUCAAGAGGCAAAUUCAGGGUCUCUUCAACAGGCUCUCUGAAGCCAACAUACUGUCUAUUCUGAAGGAGAUUGAGAACAUCUACCAAAACAACCCUCGAGGCUACGUCAACAACACACUUGUCGACCUGCUCGUUGGCAUGUUGUCGGAUCCGACAGCUCUCCUCGAUACCUUCCUAAACCUACACGCUGGUUUCAUCGCUGCCGUGUACAAAGUCAUCGGACCCGAUUUUGGCGCGCAAAUAGUGGAACGCAUCGUCGCAGAGUUCGAUCAACACUACCAGCCGAACAAGGACGGAAAUGGAAAGCAGACGGCAAACCUGAUAUCUGUAGUCGCGGAGCUGUACACGUAUCAAGUCAUUGGCAGCAACAUCGUCUUCGACUACAUCCGGUUCUUCCUAGACGAACUUACGGAGAUCAAUACCGAACUCCUACUGAGAGUAGUCAGGGCAUCGGGCCCGCAACUGCGACAAGAUGACCCAACUUCACUCAAAGACAUUGUCGUCUUGCUGCAAAAGUCUGUGGCUAAGGUUGGCCAGAACAACCUACCCGUCCGAACAAAGUUUAUGAUCGAGACGAUCAAUGACCUCAAGAACAACAAGAUGAAGACAGGCAUAGCUAAUUCCGCACUUUCAAGAGAGCACACGAUACGCAUGAAGAAGCAGUUGGGUACUCUGAAUUCAAGAAACCUCAGAGCAACCGAGCCGCUACGUGUUGGCCUCAAGGACAUCAAAGACACAGAUAAAAGAGGCAAGUGGUGGCUAGUGGGAGCGAGUUGGCGAAACGAACCUGGCAACGAGGAGAAACCCGAGGAAUCAAAGCAAUCUGGCAGGGCUUCAAAGACCAUCGACAUUGAGGACGACGACAGCGAAGUCGAUCUCGUGCAACUUGCCCGCGAACACCGCAUGAAUACGGACAUUCGGCGCGCCAUCUUCGUUUCUAUCAUGUCUGCCAGCGACUUCAAAGACGCUCAAAUACGACUGAACAAGCUCAACCUCAAGAGGUCGCAGGAGGCGGAAAUUCCACGGGUCAUUGUGCAUUGCGCAGGCGCCGAGAAGACCUAUAACCCAUACUACACAGUCCUCGCCCGAAAGGUCUGUUCAGAUCACAAGACACGAAAGAGUUUCCAGUUUGCAUUAUGGGAUAUCUUCAAGAGUCUAGGAGAGAAGCAAGAUGGCGCAGAUGACUCGGAUGAUGACGAUGACGAUGCAGGUGGUGACACAUCUCUUCGCAAACUUGUUAACCAAGGCAAACUGUACGGCACACUGAUCGGCCGGAAAGCUCUACCCAUCACUAGCCUCAAAAACCUCAACUUCCCUUACCUGCAGCCAAAAACCAAGACGUUCAUCGAAGUCUUGCUAGUCACGACGAUUCUGGAGUCGUUCAAGGCAUCCAAAUCGAAGGACAAGCGAGACGAGCGGGCAGUACGCGAAGUAUUUGUGGAGGUGGAUCAGGCUCCUGAGAUGAUUGCUGGGCUGCAGUUCUUCCUCAAGAAGAUUGUCAGCAAGACAGAGAUCGUCGAGAAGCAUGAGAAAGAGACUGUUCGAUGGGCCUGCAAGUCAAUAAUAGACAUGUUGACGAGAACCUUCCCGGCCGAGCUCCGCAAAAAGCUCAACCACAUCUCCCAUCCCACGCCCCAUCCAUUGACGCCUGUCAUCCCCGCCGUACACUUCACGGCUUCUCUUGGUAGCGAUUCUUCGGUAGUCUCCACCAUGUUCCGCUCACUGGCACCCCGCGCCAUGCAGAGGGCGACGCGGCCCGUCUCCCAAAAGACAUUUUGCGCAUCCAACAUCUACUUCCAGAACCGGUUACGACGAGGCUAUGCGUCGGAGGCUGAGGACAAGGACCUAGUCAUCAUCGGUGGUGGUGUCGCAGGCUAUGUCGCAGCCAUCAAGGCAGGACAGGCGGGCAUGAAGGUCACCUGUAUCGAGAAGCGUGGCUCCCUCGGUGGAACCUGCUUGAACGUCGGCUGCAUUCCCUCAAAAUCGCUCCUGAACAACUCGCAUCUCUACCACCAGAUUCUCCACGACACAAAGGGUCGCGGUAUCGAAGUCGGCGAUGUCAAGCUCAACCUCCCCGCCAUGAUGAAGGCGAAGGACACCUCCGUGUCCGGCCUCACCAAGGGAAUUGAGUUCCUUUUCAAGAAGAACAACGUCGAAUACAUCAAGGGCACUGGCGCAUUCCAGGACGAGCACACCGUCGCUGUCAACCUGACCGAGGGUGGCGAGACCACCGUCCGCGGCAAGAACAUCCUCAUCGCCACUGGUUCCGAGGCUACACCCUUCCCUGGCUUGACCAUCGACGAGCAGAAGGUCAUCACAAGCACUGGCGCUAUUGCGCUCCAGGAAGUGCCAAAGAAGAUGACUGUCAUUGGCGGUGGUAUCAUCGGACUUGAGAUGGCCUCCGUAUGGUCGCGUCUCGGCUCUGAGGUUACCGUUGUCGAGUUCUUGGGUCAAAUUGGUGGCCCUGGUAUGGACAACGAAAUCGCCAAGCAGACACAGAAGAUCCUCACAAAGCAGGGUCUGAAGUUCAAGCUUAACACCAAGGUUACCGCCGGUGAGGUUCACGACGCCGGCGUUAACGUCAGCGUUGAGGCCGCCAAGGGUGGAAAGGAGGAGACCAUCGACUGCGACGUCGUCCUCGUUGCCAUCGGUCGCCGCCCAUACACCUCCGGUCUUGGUCUGGACAACAUCAACCUCGAGACCGACGACAGGGGCCGCUUGAUCAUCGACCAGGAAUACCGCACCAAGAUUCCCCACAUCCGCGCUAUCGGAGACUGCACAUUCGGACCUAUGCUUGCCCACAAGGCUGAGGAGGAGGCUGUCGCCGCCAUUGAAUACAUCCACAAGGGUCACGGCCACGUCAACUACGGUGCCAUUCCCUCCGUCAUGUACACCCACCCUGAAGUCGCCUGGGUCGGCCAGAACGAGCAGGAGCUCAAGGAGGCCGGUAUCAAGUACAAGAACGGAACCUUCCCCUUCUCCGCCAACUCAAGAGCCAAGACCAACCUCGACUCUGAGGGUAUGGUCAAGUUCCUGGCAGAUGCUCAGACUGACCGGAUAUUGGGUAUCCACAUCAUUGGUGCCAACGCCGGUGAGAUGAUCGCAGAGGGCACUCUUGCUCUCGAAUACGGUGCCAGCUCAGAGGAUGUUGCCCGCACAUGUCACGCUCACCCCACUCUCGCUGAGGCGUUCAAGGAGGCUGCCAUGGCCACCUACGACAAGGCUGUUCACUACUAG